UCGAGGGAGGGAGAGAUUCAGGGAGGGAGGUGGCUCCGGAUGGGAUGCUUAUAAAUCCGAGAUGCAGCUUGAUUGGCUGCCUGUGAGUCAGCAGCGCCAAGGUCUCUCCUCUUGACGCCAUCGAGCGGCGGCGCGCCGCGUGGCCGCUCACACGCACUGGCGGAGCAACCCGCGGAAGGAGGCCAAUUGCAUUUCAGCACUGGAGCUGUCCAUUGCUCCUUCAAGUCAAGUCUCUCCUUUCCUCACUCGUGAAGGCGACAAGGUGCUUCUUAGCAUAAUUCUCCUCUCGGGGGUGCAUGGGAGACGAAGGAAUUAAAAAAAAAAAACAGAAAGCAAAGAAAGAACUGUAUCACGAGAAGGCACCCAGACUUCAUCCGAGCCAAAGUCCUUGCCAUGCUGAACGGCCCAGUUUAAGGGCACCGGAGUGAUCAAGUCCUCAUUGAACGUCAUUCUUUCGCCUUUAAAGCCAUGGGUGUGCUCAUGUCAAAGAAGCAGUCGGUGGACAAAGUGCAGAAGUGCACCGCUGUGGUGUCAGCCUUCCAGUCAGGCAUCAAGGACCGCGCGGCGCUUGUCAAGCAGGCGGAGGGAGACACGGAAGACGGUGACGUGCCGGCUAAAACCUCAACCAGGGAUGAGGAGAAGAGUGCCGAGGACGGCAAAGGUGGGGAAACGGAAAGCGGCAGCGGCCCGUCCGGUUCCUCUGCCUCGGUCAACCAGGAGGCCUGGUCCAGGUUACGAGACGGGAAAGGCGUAGAACCUGAAGAUCUGGAAAAGAGUCACCAGCUCACACCGCCUGCUUAUGUGCGGCCCAAAAGGGAAGCAGAUGACGAUCAGCCGUUAGAAGUAGAGCUGGCCAUAAAAGAGCAGCCAAAGAGCGAUGAGAUGUGUGACGUGUGUGAGGUCUGGACCGCCGACGACCUAUACCCGUGCAGGAUCUGCACUCGAGUUUUCCAUGAUGGCUGCCUGAGGGAGCUCGGCUACCUGCGUGCUGAGGCCUUGCAGGAGAUGAGGGACACAGCUCAUACAGUUACCGGCUGGAGUUGCUACUAUUGUGAUAAUUUGAACCUGCUGUUAACGGACGAAGAAAUGUACAGCCUUAUGGAGACAUUUAAACAGUGUAAGAUCAUCCCAGAGUCGUGCCUGGUAUCAGACGAGUUGCUGCAGUACCACCACUUUGUAUCCAAGCAGCAGUUUGAUAAAGACCUGACCGACGAGCAAGAGGAAGAAGUCCUCGCCCAGUUUGCGGCCCUGGAUCCCGACAAAAAGGGUCACAUUGAGUGGCCGGACUUUCUCUACUUUGAAUCCUUGGCAGUUUUGAGAAAGUUUCGUACUGAGAAUUCACUUGUGCGCCUGCUGACCGCAAAGGAAAGAGACGCGGCUCGGUUGGUGUUCCUGGGUCUGGAUUUGGAUGAGGAUGGCUUGAUCACAAGAGCAGAAUGUUGUCAGGCCCAGCAGUCCUGGUUCAACAAGCUUAGCAAAGACUCGCAAUCCUGCAAUCUGAGACUCAUGGGACUCUGCGCUCCUAUGAAUUGCGGUAUAAGUCACGUUGGGCCCAUUUGUGAGAGCAGCCCGGCCAGCUCCAGCAGUGAACAAAGCAAGACUGAUGACAUUCGGCCAACGUCGUGGGCAGACUUUCUCAGGGAGAGUUCCAUCUACAUCUUGGCCGCACGUCCCAAUAGCACGGCCAUGCACAUCCGUCUUCCCCUAUAGUUCAGGACCCUGGCAACGUACCCGGCAGACAAAGUGGGAGUAGGGGUGGGGCGAGGAUGUACCUUCGCGUCUGAAAGGUGUUGAGCAAAAACCCAAUGACACCAAUGGAUAAGGCUGUCGGAUGAAGAAAGAAGAGACAGCGUGUCAAGCAUCUGGGCCUCCGCAGUGUGAAGCCAACAAAAACAACACCACAACACAACAUGAAUGUGAGUGACACCAGGUGGGAAGGAUGAGGAAGGGAGGCAGUAAGAAGUAGAUGCACUGUUUGGCCGCUCACGCUUUUCUUAAAUGACAAACACUCAAGUCGAUGGCCCUCCGGAUAGAACUAACCUCUCCGUGCGGGUGCAUUACUUUGACAGGCUGUUACUCUUCAAGCAUUAAUUCCUUCGGGCCUCUUGAUGUCUUUAUGAGAGUUCCUUGCUACUGUAACAGCGUUGUGUUCAUUUGCUAUCACAUCAUUAAUCACACCAUCACACCACUCUGAAGCACAUUGCAAAAAAUUCACUUUUUGGGCACACUUUUAUCAUGGAUAGGCAACUGUGAGGACCUUUACCUUGCAGGCAAGAGGAACACACAUCCAACAGAAAUACGUGUGAUAGAGCUGCUAUACAAACUAGUCUAAUUUAUUCUAAAUGCAUUACAUAGCGAUAUUUAUUCAUGUAUCCUCAGAUGUACACGGUUUUAUCUUCACGCUAAUCCAUAAAUCUUUGUUUUUCGGUUGUUUUGUUUUUUUCCAAUGUACUGUAGUUUUAAGGAGUUGACCCAGUCUGUGACACAUACACUAUAUAUUGCCAUGAAUUCUAUUUGUUCCUGUUGUGCUACAUUUUGGAAACAUCUGCGAUGAAAUGCGCCUCAAGUGAGCAAGAAGGUAUUGAACAACUGUGAGAGAGGCACCGUUGAGACAUUUCUUUUGAGAAAGUGCUGGGGAUGUUAAAUGUGGCGGCGAAAAGGGUAAACUGUACAAAUGUUCCUUGUUUAAAUACACAAGAGAUUGCUACGUCAAUGACUGAUGAGCGACUAGCAUAACAACUAGAGCUUUGUGUAUGUGUGGAUGGCCUGUAAUUAUGUUUUCAAGCUAGGUCUGCUUUGUAAAUACAUUAUAAUUGACAUAAAAUGUGAUCAUGUGAGGGAUGUCACUGUGCGAAAAUAAAUGCAUGGCAUUAACUCUC